AUGGAUCGCAUGGCGCCGCGCGAUGGUGGCGGCGACGAAGAUGCGUCGUGGUAUGCGCGACGACGCUAUCAGACGGACAUGGACUAUGGCGAGCGUCGGUGGCGCGGACGUGGGCCUCGCGGUGGUGGUGGUGGCAGCCGCCGUAGUGUCGUGCGUACGAGUCCGCCACCACCCGGCACGAUGCGGUUAAGUGCGCGACCUAUACCCCACUCCAACUGGGAUGUACGUGCUCCUGGCUUUGAGGACGUCGACGCACUCUCCGCCAAGGCUACGGGUCUUUUUGGUGCGCCUGUCAAUUCUGGCUCGGCAGGUAUGAUGAUGUAUGGCAUCCGUGGCGCGAUGCCCGGUACGAUCCCGCCCGGUGCGAUGGCGGAGCUGGAAGCGACGAUUUCCGCUGCCGCCUUCAAUGCGUCUAUGUACCUUGCGUCGCGCCGUUUGCACGUUUCGCCCAUCGCGCCCGGCUGGUCGCCCACAGAGUUGUGCACGUACAUCAACGCCAAAAUGAACGAGCGUCUGCUGUGCUCGAGCGGCAGCUUUGAGCCAUGCUACACGGUCGACAUGCACGACGAUUUUGCUUUUCUAGAGUUUCGGAAUCCUGAUGAGGCCACCAAUGCCCUCCUACUGGAUGGCGUAUCGUUCUUGGGCCAUCGUCUGCACAUUCAGCGCCCGAAAGACUAUGUCGGACAGGACGCCGUCCCGGCCCCCGGCAUGAUCGAGACGAGUGUGCCGGAUGGCCCGAACAAGCUCUAUAUCGGCAGUGUGCCGGUCUUUUUGAACGAGGGCCAGGUCCUAGAGCUGCUCAAGGCGUUCGGAGAGGUCAAGCACUUUGACCUGAUCCGUGAUCCUGACACCCAACGAUCACGUGGCAUGGCCUUUUGUGAGUUUCAUGAGGAUGCUGUGACGGACCUGGCGUGCGAAGGACUUGAUGGCCUUGAAGUCGGCGAGCAGCGCCUCAUUGUGCGCCGCGUCCAUGCGCCUGCGAAUGAGCCGAUGCAGGAGCAAGAGACAUCUGAUACGCCGACGCGCGCCAUGCUGAUGCUCAACAUGGUAACGACGGAGGAGCUGCUGGACGAUGCCGAGUACCAAGACAUUAUGGAGGACGUGCGAAGCGAGUGUGAGCGGCACGGCACUGUGACGAGUGUGUAUAUCCCGCGGCCUGAUGGCACGGAUGCUGAGCCCCAAGGUGUAGGCCGUGUCUAUGUGCAAUUUGAGCACACGCCACAGUGUGAGGCGGCGCUGCGUGCGAUUGCUGGGCGCCAGUUUGAUGGGCGCACGGUGAUCUGUGCCUACGUGCGUGACGAGGCGUGGCCCCGCGCGGCUGCCUGA